AAAAAAAAAAAAAAAAAACACAUACAUCCGAGUGCAUGUCAAUGGCUGGAGGACAUCUAUAAAUUUGCAAUUGAGUGGGUAGCGAGUUGUGGCUUCCAAACAUGGAGACGGAAUCGAAUCCCUCCUCCUCCUCCUCGGUCAGUCAGCGUCGGGGCCCGCGUCUCGCUCCGCUGCAGACCAACUUCAGUCGACCGGGUCCUCGCUCCUCGCAGCGGCCACGGCCCUCUGAAUAUCCAAGUGCUGGCGAGCCCGUGGAUCGAGUGCCGUUGCACGCCCGCCCCGUCAAAACUCAGUCCUCCAAGACCGGCUUGCGCGGCCUCUUUGGGCGAGACAAGUCGUCGCGAAAGAGCGCCGCCACGGAGGAGACUCUGGCCGAGAUCGAUGCCGGUCAACCUAGAGACACACCGGAUGUCUCUCAUAUCUUGUCGCCGGUCGACUGUGCAACGCCCAAGACCGCCGUUUCCGUCUCGACGGCCAUCCUCUCGCCGCCACUGCCACUGCCACUACCACCACCACCACCCCCGCCGCCGCCAGAGGAACAACAGCAGCAUCGGGAGCAGCAGCAAAAGCUGAGGCCUCCCCGGACGCGAAGUAAAUCUCGGGGGGACAAGACGCCGGCGGGUGAGAUGGGAUGGAAACCACCACCGUUGUUUCAGGCGUACCCGCAAGCCUUCAAGCAUGAUUUCCUGUGGGCGCCAACAUUGAACCUCGAGUCUGUUCUGCGAUCACUACAGAACGAUGAAUCCGGGGAUAAGAAAAAGAAGGAGGGUAAGGAGAAUGGCAAACAUGAUCGGACCCCGUCCGGCAGCAAGAUCGGAUGGGCGCAGAAGAUCUACGUCCUCGCCACGUCCGGGUACAUCUUGCAGUACGCCGGCGAUGGGAAGCACGACCGGUUACCCGAGAAGAUGAUGCAAUUGGGACCCGAAUCCGUUGCCUUUGCCAGCGAUGCGAUCCCCGGCAAACACUAUGUGCUUCAGAUUUCACAGAGCUCCACCGACGAUGUGACCACCGUCCUGGACGGGUCGUCAAAGCCCCUACUCUCGAGAUUCGGCUUUCACCGUACCCCGUCGCGACGGCUGGUCCGCAGCUUCCUCCUCGUCUUCGCCACCGCCGACAAGAUGAACUCGUGGCUCGAAGCGAUCCGCGCCGAGAUCGAGGCCCGCGGCGGGAGAAAGUAUGUCUCGGACAAGUCCCCCGGUGGCAUGGCGGAGUCCUCCUCCUCCCAGCUGCCCCCAUCCCUGCAGAGCAAGCCGAGUCUGCGGCAAAUUGUGGUCAAGGAUCCCAAUCAGUUCCCGGCGCCAAAUAAUACUACUAUGCAGGCAGACGGGAUGAUAGAUCCCCUGUCACGUACCUCGACCGCUCGAUCGCGCCGGUCUUCCUACCAGUCGGUCGAUCGUCGCUCCUGGAGUCUGCCCCCGGAUCAACCUCGAUUGAUUUCCGAACUCGCCCAUCUGGCCAACAACAACAACAACAACAACAACAUCGACAGCAACGUGCGAAAACCGUCAUGGCCAUCACCGUCAGGACCCGGGCCUCUCGUUCCGACCAAUACCAUGGACCAUGUUCCUGAAUCACCACCCGAAGAUUCCCCUCUCUCCCCUCCCCCAAGUCAAUCACAAAGGAUGUCGGUGAUGUAUCAAAGACCGCCGAGCGUGAUGAAUGGAUCUGCCCGACCAUCCCGACCGCAGUCGGUCUACCCGGAAGCCCUGGCGGCGCGUAGCACGUCGCCGCCCGCGCCCAACUUCAGUGUGCCUUCGUUCAGCCGGAAAUUCUCGCUGUGGGCCGAUCAAACCCUCCCGCCCAUACCGCACCCUACCGGUUCCUCCUCCCCGCCCGGUCAUAUCCACGACGAAGCAAACAGGCGACGCAGCCAGGUCGUCCUCGAAGAACCAGAGGAGGAUGUUGAGAGGUCAAUCAUCGGGUCCCCGCCUCUGUCUCCCUGUCGAAGCGUAUCCAGCUUGGGCCGGGAACUCCCCGCGACAUGGACCGAGAAUUCGGCGCGCCGGCCAUUACGGGUCUCGAAUUCUGAAGACUCCCUGGGCGGCGAGUCCCAGAAGAGAGCGCACAACGUUUCGGCUCGGGUGGCACUCGAUAUGGAAUCUCUCGAUUCCAUCGCUGGCGCACGCUUUACCCCGGCUCCCCCUCUUUCUUCUUCCCAACCCCGUCCCUACAGCAUGGUGUUCCGGACACCACGCCCUCAUCCGACUAUCAACAACAGCAGCAGCAACAACACCACCACCACCAACAGCAAUAUACCCAUACCAAACGGUUCGGAGCAAGGGUCACCCUCGUCCCCCCCGCUCAUGCGCGCCGUCAGUCCGCCACAAGGAGGCAUGGCCCGCCGCAAGAGCAUGCCGGGCUUCACCUCCAUCGGACCCCCCGCCGCCCCUCCGCCCAACUGUCCCCUCCCACAACUACCCCCGGACGUCGUCUCUCGGCCGGGCGCUGCCUCGCCAUCUCGAUUCUACAAACCGGCGUCACCUCAAUUCAGCCCAGCACUUGCAGGUACAGGAGGGACAAUUCCUCCGGAUCUAAUGCAGAGGAUGCAGAGUCCGUCCCCGCCGCGUCACACCAGCCUUGUGAAUCAUGUAUAACAUUACAUUUAUAUACAUUCCACGGACGCCAAGGUUAAGACGCCAUCGAUCAUUUCAUGAUUUCCUCUUUCCUUUCUUUUCUCCUGUACAGAUCAAAAAGUGGUUUAUUCCCCUUCCGAGCUUUGAAAGCCUUACCCCGUCUCAGCG